GUUGUGAGCCAUUGUGUGGGCACUGAGAAUGGAAUUUGGUCCUCUGCAAGAACAGCAAAUUCGCUUAACCACUGAGUCCGCUCUCCAGCUCCUUGGUGUCUGCUGGAAAAUGGCUGAAUACUUCUUGCCUUCCAUCUUUAGUACCGAGAAACUACAAAGUCAACUCUUCACUUUAUUUCAAAACUGGAGCAUGUCGUCAUGGAGACAGAUGUUCUCGGUUGUACAAUAAACUGACCUUUAGCCAGACCAUUGCCCCCUUGAACAUUUACCGUAACCCUCAAAACUCUGCCCAGUCUGCUGAUGGUUUGCGCUGUGCUGUGAGUGACUUGGAGAUGCAGGAGCACUAUGAUGAGUUCUUUGAGGAAGUCUUCACUGAGAUGCAAGAAAAGUACGGACAGGUUGAAGAGCUGAACGUCUGUGACAACCUAGGAGACCACCUGGUGGGGAAUGUGUAUGUCAAGUUUCGUCAUGAGGAGGAUGCAGAGAAAGCUGUGAUGGACUUGAAUAACCGCUGGUUUGAUGGGCAGCCGAUCCAUUCAGAGCUGUCCCCAGUGAAUGACUUCAGGGAAGCCUGCUGCCACCAGUAUGAGAUGGGCAAGUGCCCAAGAGGGGCCUUCUGCAACUUCAUGCAGCUGAAGCCAAUCUCAAGAGAGCUCAAAAGGAAGCUGUCUCGGCACCAGUGCAAGAAGCAUAGAUCCAGGUCCCGAUCCUGGGAAAGGCAUUCUCCAUCCAGAGACAUUAGGCAUGGUGGCAGCAGAGGUGGAGGGCGAGAGCAUGACAGGAGGCAGUCCAGAUACCUCAAGACAUACAGGAGAUUCUGAGUCCAGCUGUUUAUACCUUGUGUCUGCUAGACAGUGUUGUAGUUGAUGGACAAGCCAGUUCAUAUUGGAAAUUUUUUUUAAAACAACCAAAAAAAGAUGAGUUUCUGAAUAAAAUUUGUAGUGAUACAA